GUAGAAAAGCUUUACUUCCGGAAACACCAAAAAUGGCGACAUGCGGUACACCGUCAUCCCUGAUGCUAACUUACGCUGCUUCUACUGUACACCCACAGGACCUCACUCCCUCUUUUCUCUCUUUCAAGCCUAAGUCCAACUCACCCACUUCAUCUCUUUCCUUGUUCGUGCUCAGAGCUUCAAGCCCGAGAAAGCUGUGCAAAUGGGUUCAAAUAUCUUCCAAGCCUGACCCUUGUCGUGUGGCUGUGUCUGCGUUAGCGACUGAGACUGAUGUGGUGGAGGAUGUGGAAGCGACGGGAGGAGAAGCUGCCGUGGCGACUACAACCACUGCUCCUCCGCCUAAGCCAAAGAAAGGGAAGGCUGCAUUGCCGCUCAAGAGAGAUAGAACGAGAUCUAAGAGAUUCCUGGAAAUUCAAAAGUUGAGGGAGAACAAGCAAGAAUAUGAUGUGAAGACCGCAAUUUCUUUGCUAAAGCAAAUGUCAAACACAAAGUUUGUGGAGUCAGCUGAAGCUCAUUUUCGCCUCAACAUUGACCCUAAAUACAAUGAUCAACAGCUAAGAGCAACAGUCAAUUUGCCCAAAGGAACUGGGCAAACUGUUAAAGUGGCUGUUCUUGCUCAAGGUAGAGUUGCUAGCUUGGGAAAAAUUCUAGGACCGCGGGGGCUCAUGCCAAAUCCGAAAGCUGGUACUGUCACAACAAAUAUACCUCAGGCAAUAGAAGAGUUCAAGAAAGGGAAAGUUGAAUACAGAGCAGAUAAAACUGGAAUCGUGCACAUACCUUUUGGAAAAGUAGACUUUUCUGAAGAAGACCUCAUUAUAAACUUCCUUGCUGCCGAAAAAUCCAUUGAAACAAACAAGCCAAAAGGUGCAAAGGGAGUGUACUGGAAAAGUGCACGCAUAUGCUCCUCAAUGGGUCCUUCCAUUAGGUUGAAUAUACGGGAGAUGCUCGAUUACAAGUCUCCUUCUGACGCCUGAACAAUGUAAUUAACAUCUGUAAAUGAUGUCUACGACCUCUCAAUCAACUUCAUAGGUAUCGGUCUCAUGGUUCACCACUGCUUACUAAGCAAAGAGAUCCAGAGAGCACGUGGGGUGAAAAGAGGAGACUGAUUAUUUUGUUGUUUCAAAACGAUGUGUAACAAAACCAUGCAUUUUUUGCAUAGUCUCCCUUGAUGCAGAUUGAGAGGCUCUUGUAUCUGAAAUACGACCAAUGUUCGUCAAUA